AGCGGCGCUGUUUUCUGCUAACACGGACGGAAAUAUGAGUGACAAAUCCGGGGCGGCGAAAGAAGGCAAAGGACACAAAAGUUGACCAGACACACAUGGAAAUAUACGUCAUAUAUAUCAGCAUAGUUUCAGGGUGUGUGUGUGGUGUAGAGUGGCAACAGGCCCUCCAUGUCUACAGCUAUGCCUCCUUCCACUCGGUGACUCCCAUAAAGUACAACGUCCCAGAAGGAACCAGUCUGGUCACAUGGAAGUUCAGAGCCAGUAAAGAACCAGAAGACUGUGAUGAUGACCAAGUUGAUGUGUACCUCCAGUACGGCAGUCUGCCAGUCAUCAAUCCGAAGAACGAGACGUUCCCUGAUCACUUCUACCUCCAGCGUUCCCAUCAACAUCAUCUGCAGCUGAUGCCUAACAACAUCAGCGUUCCCCUGUCCGUGUCAUGGCCAACUCCAGGGUACUGGUAUGCGGUCGCCUUCAGGCCAUGGCAAGAUACACGCAUACAGCAAAAGGGUCUCACCACAAGCUGUGACUACAAAAUCUCUUCCUCCUUGUCAUACAACAUCCAUCCCGACAUAGACACUGUUGCCAUGGGAACAGACACCGCCCUGAUUGUUUCAGACACUGGCCGUACUUUCAGGUUUUACGUCGGGGAGACGGUGUUGCAGUACACCCUGGGAGUCUCCUUGUGUAACCACACAGACUGCGGCCUCCAUGUCACCGUCUAUGAAGCUAACAACAUCACUGCCAACACCUCAGUCUGUACUGUCCCUCCAUGCAUGUACACAGUUGUCUCCCCCUGGUUAGGGGCGUGGCAUCAUGUGCAGCUAAUAACAUCUGCAAAGGCUGUGGAGGUGACUUUCAAUAUCUCUAGCAUAGAUUGUGAUUUGGAUUAUGAUGUCAUGGAUGGCAACACAACUGACUCACCAUCAGACUCAUUGUGUAGCCUGUACCCCAAACUGGACCGUUUCCAGUACUCAGACCGAGACUUCCGAGUGGACUAUGUGUAUCUUGUCAAUGACAGCAAGCCACCUGACAUAUCGCUGACCCUGACAGAAGAUAGGUCAACGGUCAUUCCAUUUGAGCUCAAGGAUAUCUUGGAUGUUGGUGGCACCCUUGUCUGGUCUGUUGCCAUGGAAGAUAGUGAUGAGGACUCAGAUACGGAGAAUGUCCAGAUUUGUGGGCAGAUUCUGCGAGACAAGAUUCCAGCUCUUCCAUCAGACAACCCAUGUAAUAUCUCCUCCCUGUCCAGUAACGAGGUUCAGGUGAACAGCAGCACACCUGGACUGAAGGGGCAGGUGUUUGUGCCGUACCCUGAACCUGGGUUGUGGUCCGUCACUCUCUCGCUGAACUGCUACACAGACGACAACAGCAGCAUCACCUGGACUCCCUGCUCCAACAGCAGCUACAACAUCAAGAUGAAACUGUCAACUGACCGUUGUGUGGGCAACACCUGCAGUGGACAUGGCAACUGCAAGGAGUACAUUGUUGGUCCGUCCCUCAUCAUCUAUUCUACAUGCAACUGUCAGGCAGGUUGGCGGGGCUAUGCUUGCAGUGAUGGGUCGGAGGCAUUCACAGUGGCAUCCCAGCUGGAGGACAUCCUCCUGCUCACACUCAGCAACUUGUUCUUUCUUCCUGCCAUAGCACUGGCUCUUUACCGCAGAUUCUACACAGAAGCCUUGGUCUUUACAUACAACAUGUUCUUCUCCACAAUGUACCAUGCGUGUGAUGGAGACCGUAUAGCGAUGUACAAAUACUGCAUGAUGGACUACAACAUCCUCAGCUUCUGCGACUUCCUCUCUUCCGUCUGCUCACUGUGGUUUACCAUCGUUGCCAUGGCGAGGGUGCAGGCACCAAUCACAGUCAUCCUCCAAGUGGCUGCUCUGCUGGUUCUGCCAAUAGGAGUUCUGAAGGAUCAUACUAGUCUGUGGUUGAUUUUAGUGCCUUUGUUGUGUGGAGUUGUCCUUCUUGCUGUGUCAUGGAGCUUAAAGUGCAGAUCACGUGGCAGGUGCUAUCCUACAUGGAAGAGGUAUGUGUUCUUCCUCCUACCAGGUGUCGUCAUCGCCGGGUCAGGGGCAGCAGUGUUCUCCUUCGCGGAGACUGUGGAAAACUACCGCUAUGUCCACAGCACCUGGCACAUCUGCCUCUUCACAUGUGUCAUCUUCUUCCUGCCUCAGGGAAGACGGAAAGGUGUAGAUAUCAGUAAAAGUUCAACAUCAGAAGACUCAGUGGAGGAGCUGAUUGCUAUUCAGGGCACUGUGAACAGGAUGGUAUGACAGUAGCUGACCUUCAAACAUUAGUCCGGGAUGUGUCCGUGUUCCAGGUACUGGCUGCUCUUCAUCAAAUACAGAGUCCGGAAAUUGUACAUAUUCCAACUCAUGGCAACCCUUCAUUCAUCAACAACACAGUCGGUGUACUCUACCUGCUGCUAGCUCACUGAAACCCUUCAUCUAUCAACAGCACAGUGUGUGAACUCUACCUGCUGCUAUCUCAUGGCAACCCUUCAUCUAUCAACAACACAGUCCGUGAACAAC